ACUGACAACUACUGGCAACCCUUGUCUUUGCCUUUUCUCUUCACCCCCGAUAUUAUAAAUACCCUUCAUCUUCUUCUUGCCGUGCAUCCCAUCACAAGAAAAUCAAUUAAAUUAGUAGCAGCAGCAGAGGGAGAGAGAGAGAAGUUCAAAUCAUUAUCAGCCAUGAGAGCUGUAGCACUAGCAGUGUUCUUGGGUCUUCUUGUGGUGAUUCAAGUCUUUCCUUCUUCGGUGGCUGCGUUAUCCACGAAGUACUACGACCAUUCGUGCCCGCAGCUCGAGUCUCUGGUCACAAAUGCUGUCAAGAAGGCAAUGAAGAACGACAACACUGUCCCGGCUGCACUUCUCCGGAUGCACUUCCACGACUGCUUCAUUCGAGGUUGUGAUGGUUCCGUGCUCUUGAACUCCACGGCAAAGCACACGGCGGAGAAGGACGGCCCUCCCAACAUUUCACUGCACGCGUUUUACGUCAUCGACAACGCUAAGAAGGCCAUUGAAGCUGCAUGUCCAGGCAUCGUAUCCUGCGCCGAUAUAUUAGCUCUUGCCGCUCGCGAUGCAGUUGCUCUGUCGGGUGGGCCUACAUGGGAAGUGCCAAAGGGGAGAUUAGAUGGGAGAGUAUCAAAGGCAAGUGACACCAGACAAUUGCCAGCUCCCACCUUCAACCUCUCUCAACUCCAGCAGAGCUUCUCCCAGAGAGGCCUUUCCCUUGAUGAUUUAGUGGCUCUUUCAGGAGGUCAUACUCUUGGAUUUGCCCACUGUUCGUCGUUUCAAAAUAGGAUCCACAAAUUCAGCCCCACCCGAGAAGUGGACCCCACCCUGAGCUCGUCCUUCGCGGCGAGCCUCCGGAGCGUGUGCCCAGAGCACAACGCGCUCAAGAAUGCCGGGUCCACCCUGGACUCGACCACGACUGUGUUCGACAACGUGUACUACAAGAUGCUCCUGCAGGAAAGGAGCAUCUUCUCCUCAGACCAAGCCCUCCUCACGUCCCCGAGGACCAAGGCGCUCGUCUCCAAGUUCGCCACCUCCCGGCAGGCGUUUGAGAAGGCGUUCAUCAAUUCGAUGAUCAAGAUGAGCAGCCUGACCGGUGGUCAGGAAAUCAGGCUCAACUGCAGAGUCGUUCGUUGAUUCAAAUCGAGUCAAAAACAUAUUUCAAUUCCAUUGCUUUAUUAAUUUGUUUGCUAGGGGUUGAGAAAUUUCAGCCAUGAAGGGGCAAUUGCGUGCGAAUGUCUUUCUUUCUUUCUUUCUUUCUUUUUUUCCCUUUUUUUUUCCUUUUAAUUAAUGUUGGGUUGUGACACUGUUGAAGAAUGGUGAACAACAUGAGCCACUAGAAAAAAGGAGUCCGGUCCUGAUAUUGGGGAUGUCUGGCAUGCUUGUAUUUGAAUUUCUCAUUUGUUAAAUUUAUGUAAUGUUUUCAGUCUCAUAAAUUCGUAUUCCGAUGGUUAUACAGAGCA